AAUAAGUAAUUCCUCACCAUAAUGCAAGUUUGAACAAAGAAUAGUCUCCCAACAAUAGACAGUAUCUCCGCUGAAACACUCUCCAGCACAGGGAUAUUAUUCCUUUUUCUCACCAAGAAGAAAAUGGAAAACAAGACAAGUUUUCUUCCUAGAAAAGGAGAAGCUCAGCCUUCCAGGUGUCCAGAUAACAGUGCUUUCAAACAGCAGAGGCUGCCAGCUUGGAAGCCCCAGCUCACCAUUGCAUCUGUGCUCUCCUGCUUCUUUCUGACAGGGGCAUUCUGCCUCACUGUGGGAGUCUGCCUUGUCCUGUCUGCAAACAGCGUCAGAGAAAUCCAGAUAGAUUAUUCAGAUAAAUGCUCAGACUGUUCAAAGCUCCGUGAAAAUUCCUCUAACUGGAAUAAGGAAUGCCACUGUUCUGUUAAUUUCACACUAAAGGAAGAUAUAUUGGGUGAUGUUUUUAUGUACUAUGGUCUGGAAAACUUCUAUCAAAACCACCGUCGAUAUGUGAUGUCAAGAAGUGACGCCCAACUGUUGGGGCGAAAUGUAAACAUCCAGAGGAGCAAAUGCGCGCCCUUCAGCACCUACAGGAACGGGACCCCGAUGGCGCCGUGCGGGGCCAUUGCCAACAGCAUGUUCAAUGAUACUAUUGAUCUUUUUUACAAUCGUAACUCGUCUGUGAUUCAAGUGCCUCUGCUGAAGACUGGAAACAGUUGGUGGACAGAUAAAAAUGUGAAAUUUCGCAAUCCUGAGUCAUACAAUCUCUCUUCUGCCUUUGCAGGGACAGCCAGACCCCCUUACUGGCAGAAGCCAGUGUACCUGCUAGACGAGGAAGAUGAGAGGAACAAUGGCUACGUGAACGAUGAAUUCAUUGUGUGGAUGCGGGUGUCGGCCUUCGCCACCUUCAGGAACCUCUACCGGCGCCUCAGGCGGGUCCGGCACUUCACACGGGGGCUGCCGGCAGGGAACUACACCUUCCGGAUUGCCUACAAUUUCCCUGUCACCAGGUUCAAGGGGAGGAAGCAUGUGGUUCUUUCAACCGUAGUGUGGAGCGGCGGAAAGAACCCAUUCCUGGGAAUUGCCUACCUGGUUUCUGGCACAGCAGCAACCCUGACAGGUUUUGUCAUAACUGGCAUCCACUUAAAGCUCAGGAAAAAGAAAACAUACUUUCAGAAGCAGUAAGGUUCACCUGACUUUCUGAACAAAGAACAGAAAUGUGCAGUGAACAAAGAAGGUGCAGCACAGACCUUUCACUCUUGCCCCUGAGCUCUGGACCAUUUUCAGUGUCACAUUUCAGUGUCAGCAAACUGAGGGACAGGGCAAUUCCAUCAUCUGAAACCAAACUUACCUGGGGUGCUAUUCUCAUUGAUGUAUGUGUGAGCCUAAUUUUGUUUCCUAGGAAACCUGUAGUGACAUGAGCUUCAAACAGCAGACAGCAGAAAGGAUUAGAAUUGGCAAAGAAAUUAUCUGGUACCAAUGUCUGCCAGAAGUCAGACCCAUAAUUCAGACAACAUUUCUCUUAACUGAAAUGGAGCUUUGGAUGGGUAAAAAGUGAGGUCUUGAUCCAACAAAAAAGCUUGAGCAGGUAGAAGAACUGACUGCUAAAAUCUGCAUGUGGGCCACAUACAUGUGCUGAACAGCUUGGCUUGGGUUUAACAUACCUUUUUCAGCCAUGCCGAAAAAAGCAACCAAUUUCCAUAAGUGUACUCACUCCAGUUUGACACCUGAUUUGUGGUUGAAUACAGGGCAUUUAUUAGGAGUUUGGAGUUUGUUUAGACCAAAUUUAUUAGAUUAACUAGCUACUGAGAGCUGGGGGCAUCCAAUCACUGAUUUGCAUUGUUUUGUGGUUUAAUAGAAAUCCUAAAUAAAAAGCUCCUUUAAUGCAAAAUAUUUUAGCAGAACGAUCUACCUAAAUUAACUAUUAGGCCAAAAUUGCACUCCUACCUACCCCACCCUUCCAUGUGAAAGUUCAUAAAUUCUUACAUGACACAGAAUGAUAAUUUAUUGUCAAUAAAAUCAAAGCACCAUAAAAAUCCAUCAGUUUAAAGUGAACACUGCAGCUCAUGGAUAGGUUCUUCAAUUUUCAUUUUCAUGUUCAAAAUUUUACACAUUUAGGACUAAUUUCUAGUCUCACAAAAUGAAGGAACAGCACUGAAGAGUUUAGGUCAAGCAUGCCAUGGUAAAUGCAGAUUUUUUAAAGUAGGUUUUCUGUUGUAAAAAUGCAAGUGGAAUAAAACACUUUAAUUCCUUUUGUAA